AUGGCAAAACUCACUGAUGAUGCCGACUACGAUGCCGGCGAAAACGAGUUCGUAGCUUGGUGCGGCGAAUGGCAAAACUCACUGAUGAUGCCGACUACGAUGCCGGCGAAACGUCGGAGAAUGUAUCAAGUCCACGGUCGGAUGCUGGAAAUCAAGACAACUACUAUGGCAGACGACUUCGGACUCGAUGCGUUCUACAUAGUCUCCCUGAACACAAGACCAAGUUGCUCAACUCACUGUCUUUCGUUUAGUUUGAAGAGGCGAGUAGUUCUGAUUCAUUUAUUGGUCUCACCGGAAACUGUGGUUGUGGAUUUGUGUGAAUUGGUCUUCGGCGCACCGCUCUGCGACCCCGAUGAAUCCUUGCCGAGCUUUCGUCUAUCAUGUGACGGACAUCGUCAGAGUAGUACAUCUCGCUUUACGCUAAUUUACCAAAAACAGCUAAGCAAGAAAGAUGACCGGCUCAAAGCCUAUCUACUUCUUAUGGUCCAAUUUGGUCAAAUUGCACAGUAA